AUGACGAAGAUUAAUCUUUAUCCCAACGCAAAUAUUCCGCCUCGAGACGAGCGAGACCUUCCGCUACCUUCUACAGAAAGCCCUCCCGCCCCAUUCCUGUUCGGAUCCCGCAGUUCUUCCACGUCAGAGAACGAAUUCAGCUUCCGAACCCCGUCGAUAUCUGUAUCUCCUAUCCCUAACCCUGAGCGAAGAGAGUAUACCACCUCUCCUAUCCCGAGUGCAAGAGACUACACCUCGACUCAGCUCUGCGAUGCUGUCGCCCAAUUGGGGGUAAACGGCAACGGGGGUCUUUCGGACUUUCAAGAUCUAUCGUCUGCGCUGAACGACGAAUCUUUUGCUGAAACACCGCGAGCUGCUCGGCCAGGCCUCACAGUCCUUCCAGAGGACGGAGAUCGGUCCCGGGGGUCUACACGUAGACGCAGUUCAAGCAAUAUAAAACGCUACGAUGUUUCUGUUGAAGAACCUCCGAGGGAUGUCUUCAAUUCACCUGAAUUUCAGUCAGCGCUGCUCGGCACCAAGGCCCUAGCGGGAGAGUUGGCCGAGGUGCUGAGCAGCAGCCCACUGCAUCGAGAAGAAGACUCAAAGAUGCAUGAGCUACACAAAACGGCUGUCGCCUUGGCCGAUUUCAGGCCCACCGCAACAAGAGUUGUGGGUUUUGUUGGUGGCGCAGGCGCCGGGAAGAGCAGCGUCUUAAACUCGUUACUGGAUGAAGGGGAUCUUGUGAAAUCAGGUAGUGCUGGCGGGGCUUGCACUUGCGCAGCUACCGAAUUCCACUACCACGACUCGGACACGAUCAGCAUUGAAGUUCAGCUCUUUGACGAAGACGCGCUCCUGGAGCAGCAAAUGCAACUUCUAAAAUACUAUCGCCAUUUUCAUCUCGAGUGUCCGUCUGAAGACGACCGAGACUACUUCUACGAGUUGGCGAUGCUUGCUACAGAUACAUUCAGCUCACUGUUUCAGAGCCAACUACCAAGUCAAAAUACUCUCCUAAAUGAAGACGAAGGCCGCAUGAAGCGUACAUUUAAACGUCUUAUUACGGAGCUGAGGCCUCCAAGCUCCCAUACCGUCAUGACUGGACUAACAAAAGAGGCAUGCUCGGAGAAGCUGACGGAGCUGACGUCCACUCCAGCUUCUUCUGCUGGAGACUCCGCCACCCGAGCUGCUGUUUGGCCCUAUAUUGAGAAAAUCAGAGUAUUUCUCAAUGCGCAGAUACUGAAGAAGGGAUUGAUCCUGGUAGAUUUGCCAGGGCUCCGCGAUAUUAAUUCUGCGCGAAGAAACAUAACUGAGGUAUACAUUCGAAACUGUAAUGAAAUAUUCGCCGUUUGCCCGGCGAGUCGAGCCUCCGACGACGAGACAAUCCAGGAGAUCUUCCGGAUGGCGGAGCAUCUAGAAAGCAUUAGCAUCAUAUGCACAAACUCCGAGGUACAAUCUCUCCCCACCUCUUCAUUAGCCAUUAAUGGAAAGGAGUGCCAAAAGGAUUGGCCAGGAGAACGAGCAGCUACUAUCAAAAAGCAGUUGAAGGCCAUUGAAAAGCACCGAAAAAACAUAGAACAACUGAAAGAAGACUUGGAUGAGGAAUUGCAGAAUUUCCCCGACGAAGAAAAUCGCUUCCAUGAGGACAAUCGGAGAAUAAAUAAGCUCAGAGAAAGCAUACUUAAAUCUCAGAAAACCGAAGAAUCUUGCCAGUUCGAACUACAAAGCUUCCUGAUAAAAUGUCGAAACGGCGACCUAGUUAAAAGUCUACACAGAAAGUACCGAACUGGUCCUGCUUCAGCGGAUACCAAGGUCUUCUGUGUAAGCAAUACUCUCUAUCAAGAAAAGCGGCAGGCAAAGAUCGAGAUUGCUCUGCCCUACCUCAAGUUGAGCGGCAUCAUCGAUCUGCGUCGACACUGCGUGUCAAUCGUCUCUGCGAACCAGCACCGCGCAGCGUCUGCUUUCAUGAAAACAGAUGUCCCGAAGCUGCUGGCUGCCAUUGAUCUUUGGGUUCAGUCGGGCGUGAAUACUUGGGACGGCGAGAUUAGAGCUGCUGUGAGGAGUGCGCUUGAUGAUACUCUCAACCACCGCGCACCUUCCCAACAAAUUUCCAAGGUACUCUGCCAGAUUUUCAAAGCAGAAGUAUAUGACAGGCGCCGAGUGAAUGAAUGGAGCGAAUCGGCAUAUUCCGCAGCCAGUCAAUGGUCCGUUUGGUAUCACUCUACAUACAGCGCAUUUUGUCGCCAAUAUGGGAAUUACAGCACACCUGCCGCUGGGCAUCACGACUGGAAUGGAGAAGCCAACAGGCAGAUGGCUCAAGACAUGAAGACACCGUGGCAAACAUUCGUAUCAUUUGUGCAAGCAGAAGAAACCAGAAUAGCUGAGUUACUCACGACCUCAACAGAUUCUGUGCUCGACUCGCUGGAUAAUCAUCCUAUAGGCAUCCUUGCCACUAUGAGCCCCUUGCGACAUGCUUUGGACUUAGAGCAGAGUAUCCUUCUUGAUACCGUUCAGAACGCGCAUGAGCGUGCCAACUUACAACUCAGAAAACUACGAACCGAUGCGUUUUCAAGCUUGAGAACCUCAUACAUCGGGGUCGCUAUGGAAUCCUCAUAUGAUGCAUGCAACUAUGAAAGCGGAACCGGGUCGGAUGGCAGACGCAAAGCUAUAAUUACAGGGGCGUUUGGCAACGAAGCUUUGUUCGACGACAUUAUGCAAAAGCUGCGGACAGGUUUCAAAGAGUUAGCGACAACGGCGCAGAACGACGUGACGGCGGCCGUCAAGUCCUAUUUGUCUGAAAUUGGCAAGACCAUGAAUCUCUUACGUGACGAGAACACUGCGGUUGAAAGCCAGAGAGAUAUUGCAUUCCACGAGAGGGUCAGCGAUGCCUUGAAGACUAGCCAAGAGACCUUGCGGGAUAUUUCCCGCCCCAUUGAAGCCUGA